AAAACUUGCAUGGUUUUGUCUCUAAUAUAGUCAUGAUUACUGAUACCCACCAAUGGGAGUUUGUAAACGCCGACACAUGUCAACAUGUUUACUAAUAUGACCGGUCCAUUCUGUAAUCCUGCCAAUGGGAUAAUACAUUGUGGGAGUUUGUUAAACACUGGUACCAUUACUGACGCCUGCCGGUGGGAGUUUGUUAAACACUGGCCAUGACUUAUAGAUGAGACUACUGAGGAGUUUUAUUAUGCAUAAACGGAAGGGAAACCGAGGACGGGGAAACCAAAGGGAGUGACGAGGUAAAAGGCUAGCCAUUCUAACUGGAUGUAAGUUUUAGAUUUUAUCAUCCUUUUGUAAGGUAGAUUUUAUUCUUGAGAUUUUGUGAUUUGAAUAAGUUCCGAGCUUUGUGCACUUGUGGGACCCGUCUCAUGAGUGCACGGUGUCUACCACGUCCCCGGAUUUGGGUUCUGGGGCGUGACAAUUUAUAAGACAUCUGAGAUUUGUAAUUGUAAUAGAUGCUAUUAAGUGAG